AUGUUCAAAGUGAGUCAUGGCAGAGGUCAGAGGUCACAAGGGUUACUGUUAAUGUUACGUCCGUGUUUCAGCGGCCCGGUGCAGCUCAGGUCCACGGAGAAGAUGAUGAUGAAGCUCAGACUGAACAGUCCUGGACGUGUUUCCACAUCAGCUAACAGAACCGCUCCCUCACCAACUAUUCGGACCCUCCUGUUUCCUGCUGAGUGGUCCAUACAGAGGAAGAUAGACGGUGAAACUUCCUGUCCCUGCCGCCAUCACGUCCCUGCUCAUGUGAACACUCAGUGUCCAAGUCUGAGUAAGUUUGAAGGACCGGGACAACCGUAA